GCAGGAGGGCCUACCAUGGGCAGAACGACUUCUACAAACUUGCAUCGUACACUCAAAACCAUAACCCUGGCCUGCAGCUUUCUGCUGGGAUUGGGCGACAGCUGCUACAACACUCAGAUGCUGAGCAUUCUGGGAUCACUCUACCCCGAUAACAGCGCCCCGGCCUUUGCCGUCUUCAAGUUUGUGCAGUCCGUCAGCGCGGCCGUGGCCUUCUUCUACAGCAACUACCUCCUCCUGCACUGGCAGCUUUUAAUCCUGGUAAUAUUCGGCUUCUUUGGCACCAUCUCUUUUUUCUUUGUUGAAUGGGGACUGACACGGAGAUCCCAGUAUAACAGCAUGUAAUGCUAACCGUGGCACGCCUGCCUGCCAUCCAUAGCAACUCGUUCUGUGCCACUUGCAGGGCAAAUCCCUGGCAUUAAGUUGUGACAUUUUUAUAUGCGGCACCACAGUCAUGCAGUGCAAGUGUGACAGCUUUCACUAGCCAUUGCACAAUUUUCUUUCAUACACACCGGGCCGUUAUUUACAGCUCCAUUCCAGGCCUAAAAUUAAUUCUGGUGCCAAAGAAGCGGCCAGUUCUACAAAACACUCCAGUUGCCAGGGAUUCUCGGCAGCAUUCCCAAGUGCUUGAUAAGGCGUCCCCUGGAUUAUUGCUGACUUUGUUACUCUCAGGGCUGUGUAGGAACCAGUGCUUAGUUUUGUUUUAGAAUUUUAUUUUAUGUUUCAGUGCGCGAGUGGGCAAUGCUCUGAAGACAGGGUUAUUAUAGUUUUAGCAGUUGUAUAUAAUAGGUAUAGCCACGGUUAUGGUGACUUCCAAUAACCAAAUUAUGUUUCCAGAGACAAUUCCCUUUACGCUUGUUUUGUUUUAUAAUUCUCUUUUAUGAACAUUUAUCAUCUUUUCAAACCUCCUGCUGCUAAGGGGGUAAAAUCAGUACUUGACAAAACAAACUUGAUACCGGUUUACUUCUUUGAGCCCCUCACUAUAUUCCACUACUUUAAAGUAAAAUGUACCAGCUAUGCGGAUAUAGCAUGUGUUUCUCUGGAAGAGGCAGCCUCUUGUUAUUAUGUCCCAGAGGAAGGAAGCCUUCCUUAGAAAGAGAAGUUUGUUAAUAAAACAAUAUUUAUAUAUACAGUAUAUAGGCUGCAUUUUGGUCUCAUUGAUAAUCAUUGACAGGUACCCAAACCUGGAAGAGGGUGACAGUCAUAAGUAUGUAAAGUAUGUUUAAAAUUGUCCAAUGAGUUUGUGUGUCAUUAAAACAACGUAAUUGUAACAAGCAUAACGGAAAGGUAUCCAGACAUAAUCUGCACUUGAUAGAUAUUAACCUUCUUACUAAUUCAUAUUAAACAUUCUAAGGAAUUCAUCCCGAAUCCGCUCAGUGGGGAUAAGGCAGAGACAGAACUUAGGGGUAGGCAGAAGGGGCCAGGGGUUAGAGACCUGCAUCGAUUGGGUACCCAAAGAAUUCCUGCAAAGUGGUCAUGUUGUGGGCAGAAAGUCCCCAGUUCCCUGAGCGUGCCGGCAGUCCAUGAAAAUACCCUGUCUGGGUAAAUGGGACACAGUAAUCACGUUUGGAUCAUGAUCCUGUCACUUUCUGGGUUGUAGCAAGUUAACCCAUUGUGGGUAGGGUUAUUGUAGGUUUGACAGGUAGUGUUGUGGGUCCGGCUCAAACACGAGAUGGGGGUGGUGAGUUAGCGCUGAGCCGUUUUUUUCCUGCACUGUCUGUUACUAUCAAAAGUUUCCCUGGUAUAAAAUGCAAAGUGGCACAGCGGGGGUUAGCAGGUGCCAUCUCUUGCUACUUUGGAUUCUCUUCUCUCAGAUCAGGUGCCAUCUCUUGUCGCCUGGCGGCGAUGCUCAGGCUGCAAUCUACCGUAAGUGCUGCCCUUGCACAGAGUGUUGUUGGGAAAUCACCGCUAAUGUAACAUCAUUCAGAGGGAUCAGCUUGAUGAUGUAUAUCAAAUGUAAUAACAGUCUCAUUCAUUAUAUGCCUCCCCCCCCAUUCACUGCAAAUGUGUAUUACUAUGCUAAAUCACUCUAUGUACGUUUGACUUGCGCCAAAACUACUGUGUAUUUCCGUUGCCCCCUCUUCUCCCUUCCUUCUCCUCUUUCUUUAUGUUAUAUUAAAAUAAUAAAAAUAAUACUUUAAAA